AUGGCGCCCACCAACCCUUCCUCCUGCCUCCUCUUGCUCCUCCUCCCCUUCCUCAUAACUGCCCCCGCCCUCAGCCAGGACACCUCGGUCACCACCGUGACCUCCCCCGAGGGCGAGGCGUUGACCGCGCCGACCGCUCAGUCCAAACAGACGACGCCCAGCAGUUACGCGGAGACCACUCAAGACUCCCCUCUGGAAACCGGGGUGUCCACGCCAGCCAGUGGGGGAGAGGGGGAUGACGAGGACUCCCUCCCCUCCGGCGGGACCCGCUGCCAGGGCUACUACGACGUUAUGGGCCAAUGGGAUCCGCCGUUCAACUGCAACGCGGGCGUCUUCCUGCACUGCUGCGGCACCUGCUUCUACCGCUUCUGCUGCCAGUUCAGACAGCAGCGCCUGGACCAGAACAUCUGCUCCAACUACGACACCCCCAUCUGGGCCAACACCGGGAAACCAGUGGCCGCCGUCACCGAGGGCGAGGACGACCCGGACCGGGACCGCACGCACCUCAUCGUCUACAUCAUCUGCGGCGUGGUGGCCAUCAUGGUGCUGGUGGGCAUCUUCACCAAACUGGGCCUGGAGAAGAGCCGUGGGGGGAGCGCAGCGGGAGGAGCCGGGGCCGCCGACAUCAACUCCAGGACACUGACUGACCUCCUGAAGCAGCAGGGGACUGAGGUGAGCUCAGUGGAAGACGUGGCGUCGAAUUCGCCAAACGGAGGGCGAGCUAACGGCGUUUCAACCCGGAUGAAGCGCAGCAGGAGUGAACAGUACCACCUGAAUAACUCAUCGUUCGCUCAGGGCCUUCCACACCCACACCGCAACCACAGCACGGUGGGACUCAACAAGUACACCUCCCUCAAAGCCGUGGCUCAGAGUGCGUCUCGCAGCUACUACAAAAGCUUCCCGCUGAUGGACUUCUCUCAAUACCAGCCGGUGGCGCCUCCCGCCUUCCAGCCGGUGCCCAUGCCGCCCAAAGACAAGUCGUACAUCCACCAGACGUCGUCCUCGCACCGAGACCUGCACGCCCCGCUCUCCAUCUCCAUCCCCAGCAGCCACAUGGAGCACUCCCACCUCCCAAAGACCACCACACUCCCUUUUCUUUCCAGCUCGGCCUUUAAAGCCUGGGAGCCGACCACCCGACAUGUUCACCGGCAGGCUUCGGCUCCAGGUUACGCCCCAUCCAUGCACAUUUCUUCCAGGAGACAUGGCUACUCCACGCGGAGGCAGCAGAGCAUAGAGAACAUGCCGGAUCUCUUCAGCCAGCCCUAUGGAGGCAUGUAUGGGGCCGGGCAGGGGCACGUACAACACCAACCUCAACCUCAACCGUCGUACCACCACCACCACCAGAGGCAGAAGAGCUACAGCACGACCGAGGUGACCGUCUGA